UCAGUACCGAUUUCUCACAGCUAGCUACACCACUCGAAGCUGGCAUUCGCCAUUCGUGUGUGAACUUCUACAAUUCUCACUUAACCCGCACGGAUCGGCAAUUACAAGCGGUCCGGUGCCCUUAUAGCAAAAGAAGUUUCCGUUUUCGACCGUAUUCUUACGAAAAGAUUGAGGGAUCCGCUUUUAUUUCCCGUAGAAAUAAAGGCGCAGCAAGCGAGAUCCGGAUGUCAGUGCAGAGUUGUCAUCUUUCCUGCAGGAGAACUGUCAAGUGUGCGAGGAGGACUGCUAGCGACGAAAAGCACAGAGCAGCUCUUCUCUUCAAGACAGCGAAGAUGCAUUCCAUAGCAGCAGAUCGAUCAACCGAACCGGCAUUAUAAACGAUAAGUGUAUCCCAUCGUCAGCUUCCUAACAAAAUGAUACGAUGGUAAACAACGUAUCCGGAAGUACUUACAAAACCAGUGCAAUUGAGUGAAAUAGCGAGUGCAAUUUUAUGUGUUAUUAGCAAAUUCUUCUAAUUGUGGCAAUAUAUGUUUUGUGUGUUUGUGCGCUCGUGUAUGGUUCUCUUUAAUCAAAAGGGGAUAAAACAUUGCACUAUAAGUGAUUUAACGAUCAAUUUCGCCGGCGAUGAUCGUUCAUGCGUUUGCGUGUGUAUGUAGAUAAGUAUUUUUGUUUUACAUUCUAAGACGUCGUAGUGCGAAACCGGGUGCGAAAAAAUAAAAUCAAACAUCGCGUGACAUAUGAGCAAACGUCGUGCCCCUGAAAGGGUGGCUGCACCCACUUCCGGUCCAGUUUCAAUGAGUGCGUAUGUGUGAGUGUGGGUUGAUGCAACGGAACGCAUUUCACCACCAGAGGAAACAUGUUGCUAAGCAUCCCUAUCAAUAGAAGCAGGUAAUUGGCGACGCACAAGGUGUGAGCAAAGAUUCUGUUAAAGUGAUAAUGAUUCCAGCGGCAAAAAUCUCAUCAUUUCGCAUAAUGGAUUAACAAUCAACGCAACAAACGCAACCGAUAGUGUGCCGGGACCCCACACUCACGUGAAUCCGUUGACAUUCACACACAUCCUUCGGUCAUUGUUUCGCGAUUACGUCUACAAUUAGUGUGUGUGCGCGCGCGUGCCCGUUUUGGUGAGGGAAAUUUGAAGGAAAGUGGUCUCACAAUCGGAAGUGAAAUAAAAAAAAAUGCUUCCUCGGGACGUAACAUGUGUGCGGGAAAAGGAGUGAGAGCAGCCGUGCCGGAGAUGUGUAUCGGCCAUUCAGCUGUGUGCGAAAGGGUAACGAUAACGGGGUGGCCUGCGGUACGUAAGUCGCGUGUAGUGCUGCGCUUAGGUGUAGUGGAUCAUCUUCUCCCCACAAAUUGGUAGCGCUCAUUGGUAGUGGAGAGCAUAACGCGAAGAAAAUAAAUAUAUUGGUGAUCGUAUCGCGAAUUAGGCAAGAACGCACGCACACUGUUUGCUUGGGAAACACGCGAUAUUCAAAUGAGAAAUUGAUCGUGGAAAUUCUCAACAAUUACGGAGAGCGAGCGAGAGAAAAAGAGAGAAAAGGAAACAUCUUUAUAUGAAAGAUUUUUCUCGCACUUGCCUAACAGGGGGGUGUGCGCGAGCGAGUCGCAUACGCGUUUAGUAAAAUUUCAGUAAUGAAAUUGUGCAGUGCAAAGCCACAACAGGCAACGUGGAUCGUGAUGCUUCAGAUGGAAGCAAAAGCGUGCAAUAUAGUGUAGAGAAGUGUUUACGGUUAAGCGUUUUGUGUGUAAGAGCCUCCCCCGGUGUUAAGCUACGCAAGUACCCCGAAAAACGGAUCCCUCGGCGAUGGUUGGCUAGGCAAACGGGAAGGUCCCUAGUACCUUCUCGUGUGUUAGUGCAUCUCUGUUAGUCAUCCCCUUCAAAUCCCUCCCGGAAGAUGGCUGUUUGAAGGUUUUUUUGGUGCACCUACCCUAAGAUUUUAACGUGUUUUUGUGUAUACGUGCGUGUGUGUGUUUUUUUUGUGCGUGUGUGCUACAUUUACCGAUGCCGGUACUUGUGUGUUUGUUCGUCUUAUCACCACCACCUGCCGGUCGCGUUAAAUAGAAUCGCGAUUUUGUCGUAUCCGGCAGACAGCAGGGCUUUUAACAGCGGCGCCCUCUCUACAUACGCACACACCCCCCACUUCCCUCCCGGUUCCAUCAAACACGCUCUUCUCCACACGCACGCGAAAAGGUGCAGCCAAGUGUGUGUAUGUGAGUCAGGUGGGGCGCGAUAGUAAAAAGAGCUAAAAAAAAAAGAGAGCUAUGGCAAGAUAGCAGAUUACGCGGUUGUGUGAUGGUUGGCAGAGAACAUUUGCAAGUGUUCCAAGUAUUCGAUGGAAAAAAGAAUGGUCGAUCCCGAUCGGCACUAAGUGUGCAGCAGGAUGUGCAGGAGGCGCUAGUGGACAGUGACAUAAAGCAGGAAGUUAAAGCAAGCCGCAGGAAAAGCCGCAUCACAUAGCUAGUGAUAGUCAUAGGGUUGUGUUGCAAAUUUUACACUUUAUUUGUUCCAUUCACGAUCGUGGACACACGGCAAAACUAGCCAAGCCAUUGUACAAAAAGCGGAGUUCAAUCUAUUCCGCGACGCAACAGAUGCGAAUAACAAAACGCCACCACCCCAUCAACACUAUUCUUCGAUGAAAGGACAUAUUUCAACGGAACACACUCACUACAAGGAAUAGCAAAAAAACGCCUCCGCAACUUCACUUGCCCCAAGAGAGCUUCUAGGUCGCGGCAAGGGAAAAAGGACAUAGAUACCUUUCCACAACCUCGAAACCUUGCACCACCACAGUCCAAGGUCCAAGACGAAGAAAAGCAAAGCCAGAACGGAACCGGUCGGCGGAUUUCGCUUGCCAUUGAUAUCUCGUAUCUUCCGAGUCAUCGGACACAUGGCUAAACCAACGAAUAUUAUCCGGGAGAUGGUUAGCGGACGGCGCAACCGCUACACCCAAGAUGACUUCAAUCUGGAUCUUACAUACAUUAAGCCGAAUAUCAUCGCCAUGGGCUACCCGGCAGAAAACAUGGAGGCCAUCUACCGCAAUAAUCGUGAGGACGUGCUCAAGUUCCUCACGGAGAAGCACGAGAACAAGUACAAGGUGUACAACCUUUGCUCCGAGCGUACGUACGACCCGAAACUGUUUCCGUACCACGCCGAAUAUCCAUUCAAAGAUCACAACCCACCAGACAUCGAGCUUAUCGACAAGUUCUGCAAAGAUGUGUACACUUUCCUGAAUGCUGAUAGAUCUCACGUCGUGGCAAUCCAUUGCAAGGCUGGCAAAGGUCGUACGGGAACGAUGAUCUGCUGCUACAUGCUUUACAACAAUGCUUUCCAGACAGCCAACGAGGCACUGACGUACUACGCAGAGAAACGCACAAAGGACAAAAAAGGAGUAACCAUUCCUUCGCAACGCCGAUACGUGGAGUAUUACGAACAUUUGUUGCGCAACAAUCUAACCUAUCGGAAAGUUUCACUAUAUAUUCUCGAACUGCGCAUCUUUCCCGCUGACUUACCACUGAAAGUUGGAUCCAUUCAGCAGAAGGAUAUGAAGGAACCACUUCCGCUGGUGAAGUUCCAUCGCAUGGAUGAGUACAUAUCGGUGGAGCUUGAUUGCUGUAUGCCACUAGCCGGUGAUGUGAAGAUUGAGUUCCGUGGCAACAAACUCGACAAAGGAUGGCACUUUUGGUUCAAUACAUUUUUCGUUGAGCUCGCUGGUAUAUAUGAUUCGCAGGGUCGGUUAGUUCUGACUCUGGAUAAAAAAGAGAUUGAUGAUGCGCAUAAAGGAAACGCCAAAAAGUGCCCGGAACAGGUGCAAGUUUUUCUGAAUCCACGUGGGAAGAGUUCCGAUAACUUAGACGCUAGGCCGCCAACGCAACCCAUAGUCGAUAGUAAUCAAAAGAACGCUGCACAAAACAACCAUCACUUGCUACAUUACCAACAACAAACGGUAUCGCAAGACCAGCAACAGCUGCAACAAAGGCAUUAUAUUGCCUUGAGAGAUCCGCCACAUCGCAGUCAAUCGAUGAUUCCUAGUUCCAACUACAACGAUUCCCAGUUGCAUCAUCGAUCCGUCAACAACAAUCGCGCUUCACUUGGCAACAACCAGCAGAAUAGCGGCAUUUAUUGCAACAUUGGGAUUAAUAUUCCAGAUGUCGAUAGGCAAACACAACAGCAACAGCUUCAGCAGCAGCAGCAACUGCUCCAACAACAGCAGCAACUGCUUCAGCAACAGCAGCAACAGCAGCAACAGCAGCGUCAGCUGAACCAUUCCGGAGGCUCUUCAGAGGGUACCGAUGAAGAUUGGGAAUCCGCAGAGUCACCUGAGAGUCUCAUACGAUAUCGUCUACUGUCAGAGCCGGAAAUUGUAAAUCUCCUGUCUUCAAACCAGUCCGGCAGUUCGGAAGAACAGCAUCAACUGAAUCACGGACAGUCGCAACGAGGACAGUGUCCAUCACCACGACAAUCGUCAACAUCUAAUCGUUGCUCGGGAAAUUCGUAUGAUGCAGGCAGUAGUACACCAUCAGAUGGUUCACCUACCGGGAUCGAGAAUAAUGGUUGCACCUCUGGUUCUGGAACGUCAUCCUCCGGCUCAUCCGGAACGGCUCAAUCUCCGCCGGUGAAGGGCGCGAGUGUGGAAGAUUCUAUGAACCGUACCAAUCAAACGCCUGCGGUACAAUCCAACAUGGUUGAAGUGUAGAGUGGAAAAAACAGACAAACUAAUCUUAUAUACAAUGUGUGUCCUAAGCGAAUCCAUUAUGGGAUUUCAAUAUCUACAGUCGAACAUUGGAAUCAGUUAGAAAAAUGGUUCAAAUUCCAAAAUGUUUACCGACAUGCAAUUGAGCGCUUGCACAAUAAAGCUCCCAUAACUAGAUAUAAGCGAUAAAAAACCUUCUACGAUUGUGAACAGUAAGAAAUUCCUGUGCGAUGUUCGACUGUAUAGUUAGAAAUUCUGUAAUGUUCCGCAUGUUUCCGUAUGCGUAAUAGGUACACCACGAUGGAGCAUCUAAUUCUCAAACCGUCCAAGAGAAGAAAAGCGCUGAGCGUAGCAUAAUGACAACGCACGCGUCUUAAUGUAUGGGGUGGCACAAGUAGGAUUUAUUUCCAAUUAUGUCGAUAGAAAGGUGUGAAAGGAUCGUCUAAUUACUAUGCAAAACAACAUUAGACCAAACCCCGUUUGUGCAGCAAAGCAAAGUUUAGCGCCAAAAAUAACACUGGGAACAAGGUAGCACUAAUGAAACUAACAAAUAACGAUACGUAAAUUAACAAAGCAUGGAAAUGGAUGCGAUUCCAUUUCCAAUACAACAUACCGUUGUUGUGGUGAUGACUGCACAAAUACCAAGUAUCCUUGAAAUUUGCUUUUUGCUAUCAUACUUUUCCUUUUCUUUCUUUGUUUUAUUCCCUUUCCUUAUUCGUGCCGUCCGUUUUAACUUUUUCCCUUGUUCUAUUUCGUCUCCUUUUUUUUGUUUGUUUCGUUUUUCGUAAUCUGUUUGUUUGUAUGGUUGGUUGUUUGAUUUUGAUUUGUUUUAUAUUUUAUUAUUUUCUUUCUGUUCUUACCUUCAUAAGCACGUGUAUGGUACACCUUCUGUACAGGCAGACACGUCCGCACGCACGUUAUGCGUGUUCGUUUAUGUUGAUUGAUUUGAAAACCAAUUCCUUUACAUUUCCUAUUUUCCAGGUGAAUCGACGCAUCUUUGAGAGCGCACCCGCACAUUUCCUUAACACUCAAUUCCUAUCCACCCUUACACUGCACAGCGUUAGCAAAACAUGCCACUUAUUGUUGGCAUAUUUAAAUAUAAGGGGCACGAAUAUGCACACCAUUUACUUAUCACCACAGACCGGUACACGCAUUUGCACGAAACAGCAGCAAAACCGAUUAGUGUAGUAUCUACCAGGAAUGUAUAGAGAAAUAUUUUCCAUUCGAACUAUUAGCUUAGUUCCUCGUAAAGGUUUCCUUGAAGCCAAAGCUACCUACUUGGGCGUUUGUCGUUUUCGUUGCUGUUGCAAAAUAAAGCAACACGCGCAUGUUCCUCCGAUCUUUUGCAUCGUGAUGAGUUGCAAUGCAUAAGGAAUGCUGCUUGUACAACACCUUAGUCGAAGAUCGAUUGAAAUGGCGACAUUUCGAUUACACCGAAGGGGGAGAGAAAUGUUGUAAAAAGUAUAUGUACUACCUUAGCAAUACAGAACAAAUGUGUAAUAUGUAUAAAAUUGUAUGUAAAUGUGUGUAUAGUUUAACUGAAGCAGUACAUAAUUAGAAUAGAUUGAAGAUGCAACGGUGAUAGCAAAGCAUGUAUGUGUGUAUGCGUGUAUGUAUGUGUGUAUGUGUGUGUGUGUGUGGAAAAAAUAGGUUUGCUACAAGCAUUAUAAUUUAAGCAGAUACAUUCGGUAUUAACAUCCAAUAUGGUCGGAUUCCUUUUUUUUUUGUUUCGUCACAAUCCAGUAAUAGUGUAGUGCAGUUUGCUUUUCCCGAUGCUGGGAUUAGGAAAAAAACCCUUAAUUUUUUUGUUUGCAAAUUAAAUUCCAUAAUUGGUAUUCUUUACAAUAAUCAAUUGAGAUUUAAGUUCCUUUUAUUCUGACCCUACCGCCCUAAUGAGUAGAAUCGGGUUUGAUAUGCUCUUUUAAUAAAAGGGAUAUGGCAAACUUUCUCAACAUGGUGGACAACAUGAAUACACGACCAUACGAGCCGGAUACGAUGAUAGAUGCCAUCUGGAGGCUGUAGGAAGCGUUUUAUAAGUGUGGACAAGUAAUUUAAACGAUGAAACAAUAUAACAAAAGCAGACAACUUUGCAAACUAUGGCCAUAUUGUUUAGACAGAAAGCAAUUAAGCACAUAAGUCACUUCCAAUAGCUUUCAAUCAGCGGAGUUGUAUUGCACCUGGUGUUUUUGUUUCGUUGUUCUUGAUAGUACCGUAUACUAAUAAAUUACACAUAGGCGUGCGAGAAAUACUACGAUCUAUGGACGAUAAUAGGUAUAGUUUUAGAGCCUAGACACAUCCACACAUAACACACAAAAUUUGUAAGGCUGUGGUACAUAAGGUAAAUUUUGCAGUUGUAUAAAAAUACAGUAACACAUAUUACAUACAUAUAUCCUCACUUUCACAGCAAACCUUUGCUAAGAAUGCAGCUGUGUUAUUUAAAUGAUGUUUGACUUUUAGUUUCUGAAAAGCAACAACAUAAAUACGAAAGGUUUCCCUGUCGGAUUAUUGAGUAUCUUUUGUGUUAGGUCAACGUUUUGUUUAUCCGUUCCCAUAUUACUACUGUGGGAAAUUUUAAUCUGUUUCUACACUUUAUUAUAUGUAAGUUUUAAAAGGCGUGUGGAGUGUGUAAUAAGAGCGAGAAAGAUUUUAAAUUCGUUGCUAGUUUUAUUAUAAUUAUAUACUGUUUUUUUUCCUUCUUUACUACAAACGAAUCGUUACAUAGAAUUGAGUAAUGGUUGUACUCAGGCGUCCAAACCCCUUUCUCCUUGUGAAUGUUCUACGUGUAUUUAAUCGUACUUUUGUAGUAGAGCCGCAAAGCGCGAAAUGCUUUUGAUAUUGAAUGCUCCAUCAAUGCAUAAUAAUGCGGACACAUACAGUUGGGUUUAAAUGUCCGCAACCGCUAAAUGAGGUGGAAAUCAUAAAGAAUCUGUGCUCUGGAACCUUCUACGAUAAGAACGAAUGAUAGAUUAGGCAUACGGUAAUUGUAUAUGUGUACUCGUAGGGAAUCCAUCUUUGUCGUACGCUGCCCGUUAGCAAGAAAUAGUUGCAUAAAUAAAGCUUUUAACUCGUGUCAAGUGCGCAUAUAAAGCAGGGAAGAAUUUGUUGUUGUUUUUUUUUCAUUUUACAGUAAAGGAUUUAACAGUUUUGCGCACACACUAGAAGAUUUCAAAAGGCGGUCGCAUAUAGUCAAACAAACAAAACGAAAAAAAAGCCAUCACGCAGGAAAACAUCACAUUAUUCUUAAAUUUCCUCUUCGUCUCGUAAGCCUAACAAACGUAUGAUUAGGAUGUCUGUAGGUUCGUAAUUCUUAUAGGAACGGGGUUUAUACACAAAACAACAACAAAUGCACCAUUGUGCGGGUUGUGCCCUAGUUUGACGCGAGCGAAACACAAGUGUGUUAGUAUGCCCAUUAUUAUAAUCGCUUUAAAACAGUUUACAAAUACAAAGCAGGAGCAGAUGAGGGAGAGAAGAAACAAAAAGGAUAAAAACACACCCUUUAACCCAUAAUGUUAGUAACACGCGCAAGCGAACGUGGAAACUAUUGUACAAGUAUGCUAAGAUCCUUACAUAACUGUAAUUAAGUUCUUGCCUCGAUGAUAAACAGCCCUCCAAGUGGCGGUUCGGUUCCGGAAGUUACUAAAAUCGGUGCAAAACGAAUCGGUGAAGUGCUUCGGAUCGGUGAUUAGGAUAUAAGGUGCAGCGGAGGUAAAACUAAACACUAGAGUACAAAACCAAUAUGUAAGAUUAGAUGUAGUGCGCACGGGCGAGAGAAGUUAAGUACGAAGCAAAACGAAACCGACAUUACAUCCCCAUCUGCAGAAGGAGAUGAAAGAACAAUAAUAAUGGAUAACAGUUUCAUUUCUCCUCGUUUUUUUUUAUUCGUGUGAUAGAACUGGAUUAGAGGAGUGUUUGUUUUCCUCUUUCUCUAUAGAAAAGCAUAUUAUAUGUACGAUUGUAAAAUGAUCGUACUCUACGGUUCAGAAGGAAUCGUACGGGCUUAACGGGCACGGGUGAAGAAAACGCAUACAAUUUUUCGCUUACAAUUACACGUUUCGUUUAAUGUAUCGGUGGUGUAAUGCCGAUGUUAGCGAAGGUAGUCUUAUGCUAGUGAUAACGCGUAAUAGAAUUGUCGAUGCUGUUGUUACGUUAUAAUUUGAUUUGAUCUCGUUGCUAUUUGUGUAAACGUUUUUUUUUUCGUCAUGCAUCCUGAAUCCUGCAAGUGAUAAAGGUAAACUCGCACCACCACCACCACUAAUGCGUUCGUCUUAAUACGAUUAUGUCCUCUCUUUACAUGCGAGUUACGCAUGCACACCGCUAAGGUUGCUUGUGGUAAUGUUAAAUAGCUCCAAUAUCUUGGAUAGAUGUCUCUUUGUCGUUCUUUUUCUUUGUCAUAAAAUUGCUUUUUUUCGUUUCUUCCAAAGCGAAUAUCAAUUUCAAUUCAAUCACAUAAGAAGGAGUUUGUAUACUUUUUUGAUCGUUGCAAUAACAUCAAUAUAAAAAAAACAAAAACAAAUCUUCACAAAGUGUGAUAGUGCACAUUGGUUUGGAUUCUAUUUGUUGGCACAUAUUUUGUACAAAACAAUACUUUUUUACCAGCAUAUGCUUUCGAAAAUCCGCGUGAAAGGAACAGUGGUACCAAGCGACAUUUUUUAGGCCCGAAGAAGAAACACUUUUUAUAACAAAAGCAACCAAAUUACGCUAACGAGUUAUUUGAUAAAAGAAGCAUAUAUUAUAUCCUUCGUACUCUUGUAUAACUUAUCGCUUUCCCGAAAACAAAAAAAUGAUAUCAAAACACAUCUUUCGAAACACUAGGCUAGGAGGGAGGGUUUUAGGGGUUUAGGUGUUUGCGUAGGAACAAUGCGCUUCGGCCUUCAAUAAGAAACAAAACAAAAUGCGUACGAAAAACACAAAAAAUAUACACAUACACACCCCGCCGUCCUCACAUACAAAAAAAAACACACACACACAAACACACAUUAUUCGAGACACAAGCGUAUAAUAUGUAUAUGGGAGCAUGAAAUCAACAUUUUAGACGGGCCAAGCACAGCCUCAUAAUGAAGUUGAACAACAGGAAACAACAACAAGAGGAAAACAAAACAAAUGUUGAGUUUCUAUAAAUAUGCUUAGGAUAAGGAAGAAACCUAAAGGAAGAAGACGAUUAUAAAUGCAAAUGUGAAAAAGUA